GAUCAAUAGUACGACGUUUCGAACGAAGCCAGAGGUGCGACAGUUACAACCUUGUACACAGUUUUGAGGCAGCUUGGUUUGUUGCGAUACACAAUGACACAGCUGGGUUAUCCCUAUACAAAGCCUCGAGGCCCGAUCGGGGCAAUGUAUAAAUCACCAGGACCCAUAUAUAUGUUGCCACCAUUAAUUGGUGAAAAGGACCAUGAUAUGAGGAGUACAUUUAUCAAGGCUCCUUCGUAUAGCCUGGCUAAAAUGCUGAAGACGCAAGAUUACGAUCAAAGUCCAGGACCUGCGGCUUACGCCCAAAAUAGUAAAAUGACGAACACCGGUGACGUGUUUUCACCAAAAUAUACUAUUACUGGAAUGAAACCACCAUUAAAGUUUGGUUUUGGUCCAGGUCCAGCCGAUUACAAUGUUGAUCCGGGCAGUAAAUUGGUAUUUCCUAUGGCCCCUUCGUAUCAAAUGGGCCAAAUGUUACGUUCACUGAAGACCGACGGCACACCAGCUCCCAAUGCGUACACUCUGCCGGACCCAUCAAAACGUAGUGAAAUCCCUACUGGGCCCCGUUACACGAUGGCUGGGCGAAACGACGCACACGUUCAGAUACUCAACAAGUUCCCUGGCCCGGCUGAUUACAGUGUUGGCUCUCCUGACCUGUACCUUCAUUCAAAUCCAAAGUAUACCAUGGGUAUUAAGGUAUCGGAACGAAGUAAAGCAGAACUACCGGGGCCACUUUCUUAUAAGUCGGAGUUGGUCACAGCCCAUCUUCCGUCGACGCCGAAAUUUACUAUGGGUAUAAAACAUAGUCAAUACAAGGGGGAAUUCUCUAUCCAACCCAGCGAUGAUUUCUGAUCAGUGAAAAUCAAAAUCGAGACUUCAUAUGCACGGAAACAAUGGAUGGCGUGAAACUUUCUUCCAGUUCUUUUUCCGUUCAAUUGAAAAUGAAUGAUUUCCAAUGCGGAAAACCACAGGAACCUCGGGCAUACACUUGUGUAACAAAUGCCUUUGUACACAGAGUAUCUUGAUGGUUUGUUUUCAUUUAUCAGAAGAAACAACACUUAUCUUGCGCUUAGUCGAAUACUGC